GCCGAAGGAGGCCAUAGGUCAUUUGGAAGCUAGGAGAACUUUCUUUCGGAGGUCUCAUCUAAAUUCAAGAUGGAGCCGUCUGGAAGCAAGAAGGGGCGUGCAGAGGAGCCAAGGGAAGAAGUGGAAUGCCAGAUGUCUAGCCAACCGAGCACGUCUUCUGCAAAGACUAAAGCAACGGGGAAGAAACAAAGAAAGUCAGAGAAAGAUGACGGUUGUAAACCAGAGGAGAAAAGUGCACAAGAUCCUGAGACUCCAGGGCACGCUCGUAGGAAGGUACCUGUUCCUCCUUUUCCACAGCAUCUGCCCCCCGUGAACCUGAUUCACCGAGACGUUUUGCGGGCCUGGUGCCAGGAGAUGAAGCUGAGCAGCAAAGGCCAGAAAUUAGAUGCUUAUAAACGACUCCUUGCAAGGGCUUUCCCAGAUCAAAUGCCCGAGUUGAAGAAUGUUCCUGACUCAGCCAAAGAGGCCAGGUUGAAGAUGCCUCGGAAAAAAAUGAAGACGGAACCUGGGGAAGAGUCUCAGGUGACAGUUCCCCUGGAGAUCGUCACUGUACCAGAGGAGCAGAUACCUGCUCUCGUUGAUCCUCCUGUGCUCUAUGAGGAAGUCAGCACCACGGUGGUAACUACAUCUGCCUCAGAGGCAGUGUUGGCAUCUUGGGCCAGAAUAGCAGCCAAUGCUAAGAAGUUGGAGGCAGUGCCUUCCAAUGCAACAUCGGAGACCUAUGGGGAAAUGUGGUGUGUGGUGCAUGGGACAAGCCUUCCCGCAACCUCAAGUGGUUGGGUUCGACUACAGUUCCAUGCUGGACAAGCCUGGGUACCCGAUAAGAAAGGGAAAGCGAUUGCCCUCUUCCUGCUUCCGGCCUGCACAUUUCCGCCCCCACACCUGGAGGAUAACAUGCUGUGCCCCAAGUGUGUCCAUAAGAACAAGAUCUUAACUAAGAGCCUUGAAGGAUAAAGAACGGAUCUCUUAAGGUUGGACAGGCUACUGGCAUCACUCACUCUUGUGGCGUGAUCAGCAGAACUGCAGCUGACACUGAGACUGAUGGAAACCCACACCUUUGAAGGUGCCCAUCUCACCCAGGAGUGAUGGGAUAUUGUAAGUUAGUUGAUGCUUAAGUACAAGCAGUUUAGACAAAGCCACGGAGGCCACCAAAAGGUCCUCUGCUCAUUGUGAUGACUGAACACUGGGAGUGGCCUCUUUCUCUUGUGUGAAAGUAAAGUGUUCUAUGUUUGCUGCAGGUAAGUCCUAGGGCAGGACUAUGACAUGUCCAGAUGUAACAGUUGCUAGUCCUGUCACCAGCACAGUGGGGUCACAGCCAGUUCAGUGGUCAACUGUAAAGACUUAGCUUGUGCCUGUAGCCUCUGCGUGUCCCCUUCCCUGGUUUGUAGUGUGAUGUUAGUGCUCAGUAUUUGGGUUUGUUUUCUGCUGUUGUAAAAUAUUAUACCAAAUCUGGUUUGUGGCUUUU